AUGCCUGGUAGUGCCUUUAAAUAUCCAUAUGUUCCACUUGCCUUGAUUGAACAGGAUAAGUACGUGUUGAUGUCGCUGGCCAUACUCUGCGUCAUCAGCAUCUGGCAUGCAGUCAUCACUAUUCUCACUAUAAGCGCGCCCUCCCUGUCAAACGGCACCCUUUCUCAAUCCCUUGCCAACGCUUCCGAUCUGCUCAGUUCUUCCGACAAGACCAGCAUCCUAGCGGGCGUUGCCAACAGUCAUCCAAAAAGUCAGCCGACCGACGGAAGUCCGAAUAUAGGUUCGAAGUUUCCGAUUGAAGAUCCAGCUUCUUCUGUAAUAGAUGACUCGCUUUUGGAGCCUGAACCAAGGAACCCCUUCGAGAGGCUCGACCCAUCGCUCUCUAAGUUCACAAGGGGAGUAGAGAUUGGAGACUUUACCGUCACUGACGAAGUGGUUUCUAUGCACUUUCUGAGACUGCUCAAGGCCUACAUGGAUGCUCAGGACCAGCUAGAACGCAGCCCGGAGUUUGAAGACACGCUCAAGCGCGAGAGGCUCGAAAUGAUGAAACGCUUGGAACAGGACGUCUUCAUCUCUUUCGUUGUCCUCUAUAUCAUUGCGCACUCUGUCUUCGGCUUCUGGUUGUACUUUGACGUAAGCUCGACGUAUAUGUACCUUUACAAAAUGAUACCCAAAUGUGUAAGCCAAUAUUUCGCGAGGACGCCUUUUGUUAUGAGCCUACAAGAGUUUGAUCUUGCUAGGCGUAAUAACCCUGUUACGAUAGCUGAUCGCUAA